AUGGGGGCUCUGCUCUGGUUGCAUUUGCUGGCCCUGCGAGUGAGAAGACCUGAGAACUGUAAUACGAAGUGUGGGAACAGAUCCCAGCUGACAUAUUUCAUCCUGGUGGAGCUCCCAUAUCUCCCAGAGCUGCAGGUUCCCUUUUUCCUCUACUUCCUCUUCCUUUACCUGUUGAUAUUGUGCGGGAACCUGCUCAUCCUGCUGGCAGUGGCCCGGGAGCCCUGACUGUACAAGCCCAUGUACUGAUUCUUGUGCCGCUUGUCCUUCCUGGACAUGACAGUCUCCUCAGUGGUGGUGCUCCAGGUGCUGGCUGGCUUCCUGCCAGGCAGUGGGACCAUAUCCUUCCAGGACUGCGUGGCCCAGUUCUUCCACUUCCUUGGCUGCACCAAGUGCUUCCUCUAUACGGUCAUGGCCUACGACUGCUUCCUGGCCAUCUGCAAGCCACUGCACUACAGCGUCAUUAUGAACCUCAGAGCCUGGCUGUGCCUGGUAGCGGGGACCUGGCUAGGGGGUUCCCUGCACUCACUGAUAGAGACUGCAGUCACCUUCCAGCUGCCCUAUGGCCAGGAGAACUGGGUGAGAUACAUCUUCUGUGAUAUCCUGGCUGUGCUGAAGCCGGCCUGCGGGGACAUGGUGCUCAAUGAGCUGGUGACAUUUGUGGACAUCAGCUUCCUAACCUUCACCUGCUUCCUGCUAAUCCUGAUGUCCUGUGUCAACAUUAUCUCAGCCAUCCUGUGUAUCCACUCUGCCGAGGGCAGGCGCCGGGCCUUCUCCACCUGUGGGGCUCACAUCACCAUGGUGGUGACCUACUAUGUGCCUGUGGUCUUCAUCUACCUGAGGCCAGGUUCCCAGCACACUGUGGACAGGGUGGAGGCUGUAUUCUACACCAUGGUGACCCCACUCCUGAACCCCUUCAUCUACAUGCUGAGGAGCAAGGAGAUGAAAGCUGCCCUGAUGAGACUGGGGGAAAGCAAACUGCUGGGGCCUGAGCCAUGA